GGCGUUGGCAAUUGUUACAUACAUAAUUUUUCAACUAAGACAUAUAUGUAUUGUACUAAGAUUGGUUUGUAUGCAGUUAUAAAAAAAUGCAAAAAAAAAUAUAAAAAAACAGAAGUGGAGAAGGUCAAAAUGCGACUAUAUAAACGGAUACGGGGUUAGUGGUGGACAAUCAGUGUUGAAGACAGAUAUCACUAUGAACAGUCUGGUCCUUGCUUUGUUCGCCACUUUGGCCGUAGCUUCGGCUGCCCCCUCCUGGGGACACGGUGCCCUUUGGGGCGGUCACGGAGCCGUCUUGGCUGGUCCAGUAGCCCACGGAGCCGCCGUCGUUGGACCGCACGCUCCCGGUGCUGCCGUGAUCGGACCCGUCGAAGGACCUUCUGCUAUCAUCGGACCCAGGGCUGGACCUAGUGCUGUCGUCGGACCCGUUAACCACGGUGCCGUUCUGACUCCGGCCGUAGCCGCGCCUUCCGUCAUUGCCGGUCCCGCUCUCGGUGUUGUCGGUGGAUGGGGACACGGAGGAUGGGGUAACGGAUGGGGUAACGGAUGGGGCAACGGAUGGGGUCAUGGCCAUUGGUAAAUUUUACCAUCGCACCCUGUUUAAAUACCAACCAUUUGAUUACGUGUAAAUGUUCUGCCGACACUUCAAUAAAGAUAGAACCACCACAAACUUAACAACCUAAUUUUCUCAAUUUCUUCCUUAACUUAUCGCUCUUUAUCUCAUUCUUCUUAUUGCCGAUGUCUGCAGAAAUUUUUACGCCGAUCUGGAAAAGUCUGAAAAGGUUUCCUUCGAUUUUAGCAUGUAGUAAUAUGAGGCAGUAUGUAUGUACAUCGGUUAAAAUAUUUUUGUACCAAAAUAUUUAUACGCAAUAGCUGCUCAAUAAAGAGUUCAAAAAUGAA